AUUCGUUACAUCGUUGAGAGUCAAUAUGAAAUUUAUCUUGAUUGUCGUUUUAUUAUGCAUUGCCAUUGUGCAUGCUGUGCCAUUGCGGUUUAGUCGAUCAGCUCAGUUCAUUCCACAAAAUAGCUUUUUACUUGGUGGAGGUGGCCUUGGUGGAGGUGGCCUUGUUGGAGGAGGCCUGUAUCCUAGCCCCAUUUUAGGUCCCGGCUUCAUUGGAACUGCAGGCAUUGGUCCAGCGGGACUUGAUGGAAUAGGUUUAGCGCAAGGACUUGGAACUCCGGCUUAUAUAGGAUAGUUUAGUUCAAAGAAACUAUUCAUCUAAAGCAUAUAUAGAAAUUAUCUAGCAAACUGAUUUUUUGUUGAACUUU